GGUAUGCUUCCUGGCCAGGAGGCUGGGAAAAGAGGCCAGGCCAGGAAAGCCCCCACCCUCAUUGCAGGAAACCACAGAGCUACCAUGUUCACAAAAGCCCCUGCAUCCUGGUCAGCCCCAAGCCGACUUCCUGGUCCUGGGAUCAUUCGAUCAGGUGGGGUCCAGGCUCCAGUGGGCUGCUGGCUGCUGGAAGACUGCAUCAUGAACCCGCUGUCGGAAGCCAAUGGAGCCUUUGCCAUCCGCCUUUUAAAGCUUCUGGGUCAGGAGGACCCAGCACGCAAUGUCUUCUUCUCUCCCGUGAGCAUCUCCUCGGCCUUGGGCAUGGUCCUGCUGGGGGCCAAGGGCAGCACGGCCGCCCAGAUAGCUGAGGUGCUGCUGGCAUUAAAUGCUGAGGAUGACAUUCACAGUGGCUUCCAGUCACUUCUCACCCAGGUGCACAGGCCCGGUGCUCUGCAUUCCCUCUGCAUAGCAAACCGGCUCUUCGGAGAAGAAAGCUACAAAUUCCUCUCAUCAUUUCAGGAAUCCUGUCUGAAGUUCUACCAAGCUGAGCUGGAGCAGCUGUCCUUUGUGAAAGAUCCAAAGAAGUCCAGGAAACACAUCAAUGCCUGGGUGUCCAAAAAGACUGGAGGCAAAAUUGAAAAGCUGUUAGCCCGGAAUUCAAUUGAUAAGGCGUGCAGGCUGGUUCUCAUCAAUGCUGUCUACUUCAAAGGAUGGUGGGAAAAACCAUUUGUAAAGUCGAUCACAAGGGAAAUGCCUUUCAAAAUAAACCAGAAGGAGCAGAGGCUGGUGCAGAUGAUGUUCCGGAGAGACACAUUACCCUGGUCUCGCGUGAGUGAGGAGGGGGUCCAGGUCCUGGAGCUGCCCUACCAGGGCCAGGAGCUGAGCAUGGUCGUGGUGCUCCCAGAUGAGGGCGUGGACUUGAGCACGGUGGAAAAAGCCCUGACUUUUGAGAAAUUCCAAACCUGGACCAGUCCAGAGCACAUGAAAAGAACUGAAGUGAGAGUUUCCUUCCCGAGAUUUAAACUGCAAGAGAAUUAUGCUAUGGACUCUGUAUUGCAGAGUCUGGGCGUGCUGGAUGUCUUUGAUCAGGACAAGGCAGACCUGUCUGGGAUGUCGGCUGACAGUGAGCUGUAUCUGUCCAAGUUUGUGCACAAGAGUGUAGUGGAGGUCAGUGAAGAAGGCACAGAGGCUGCAGCCGCAGUGGCAGGCUACAUUGUGUUUGGUAGUCGUUGUAGAUUUUCUGUGCCCCUGUUCUGUGCUGACCACCCCUUCCUGUUCUUCAUCAAGCACAGCAGGUCCAGCAGCCUGAUGUUUUGUGGCAGGUUCUCGUCUCCAUGA